GCCACCCAAUUUGGUUACUGAGCUGUGUAAUGUGGAUCACAUUUUCUUGAUAUGAGAUAUCUUAGCUUAUGAUCUUUGAAAGCUUGAGAUAUCCCAUUCUUCUUUUUUUGUUAAUUACUUUGGUUGACCCUUAUUUACUCAAACAAGAGUCAACCCUGCUGCUUGUUGUUUGCGAACCUUUUUUUUCUCCCCUUCUUUCAUUUUUUUCCUUCAAAAUCUCAUUGUUUGCUAAUGUUAGCUGUCAUUCUGAUGGUUUAUUUAAUUUUAAUGAAUCAGACUCAGCAAACGGCAUUGUUUCAGCGGUAUCGACGUAGUCCAGUGCUUAAAUGUCUCACUGAAGUUCAAUUAGAUGAUUAUGUUUCAUCUAGUUGACCUCUCCAAGAGAUUUUUGGAGUUUGAGGUCUUACAGAUGUUGGCAUCAAGGCAUAACUGACUGUCGAGGGCGCUUCUAAUGUUUUUAUAGUUCUCUGUCAACUAUUUUCAGCCACUGAGUAUGUCAUAAGUGCUCAAUUCAUACGAAGAGUACGAAUUGUAGCCCACUUGGUCUGCUCGCUCUCUCCCUCUACUGAUCUCAAAUCACUGUGAGGGUUUACAAUUUCAUGUUUUCUUGGCCAAGCCUACAUGCAAACUAUCAUAGCAAUUAUUGAUGCUAAAUACGGGGACUCGAAACCCUUGUGGUAACUAUCAUAGCAAUUAAAUCUGCCUUUGCUACUUCUGGUAGUGUAUUUGUAACUAUUAGUGUUACAUACAAUUCACAUAUUCUGGAUAGUCCAACACGGCCUUUACUGUUGACUUGGUCUCCUUGGUGGGUUCUUUUUUGUCGUUGGAAGUAAUGGAAUCUGAGGCAUUUACUACUGAUCGUCAGACAAGCACGCUCCAGCGAUUUCUUUCUGCAGUUGUGCCUGUGUUAUAUAUUACAAUUGGUUAUGUGGACCCUGGGAAGUGGGCUGCUGUUGUUGAGGGAGGAGGUCGUUUUGGGUAUGAUUUGAUGGUGUUCUUACUGCUGUUUAAUUUGGGCGCUAUCUUAUGCCAAUACUUGUCGGCUCGCAUAGCAGUUGUUACUGGUAGAGAUCUAGCCCAGAUUUGCAGCAAGGAGUAUGACAAAGUAACUUGCAUAUUUCUUGGAUUUCAAGCUGAAAUUUCUGUCAUGGCAUUGGACCUUACAAUGGUUUUGGCAACUGCUCAUGGACUAAAUGUCAUAUUUGGAAUUGAUUUAUUUACAUGUGUCUUUCUGACUGCAACUAAUGUUGUUUUGUUUCCACUCAUUUCGUCUCUUGUGGAUAACAGUCGUGCAAAGCUCUUAUGUACUGGCUGGAUGGGCUUCAUACUUCUCUUGUAUGUUCUUGGAGUCCUCAUAAGUCAACCUGAAAAUCCUUUCACCAUUGGGGGAAUAUUGACUAAAUUUAAUGGAGAAAGUUCAUUUGCAUUGAUGAGUCUACUUGGAGCAAGUAUUAUGCCCCAUAAUUUUUAUCUGCACUCUUCUAUUGUACAGCAAGAACAAGUAUGGGAAAGAAUUUCCAAGGGAGCACGGUGCCAAGACCAUUUUUUUGCCAUUGUCAGCAUCUUCAGUGGCAUUUUCUUAGUGAAUUAUAUGCUCCUGAAUUUGGCGGCUAGUGCAUUCUACAAUACUGGCCUUGUUCUCCUAACAUUCCAUGAAGCACUGUCAUUGCUCGAUCAGCUUUUUGGGAGUUCCGUGACACCAUUCGUCAUGAUGCUGGUUGUACUUAUCUCAAGUCAAAUCACCGCAUUAACAUGGGAUAUUGGAAAACAAGUAGUUGUCGACGGCUUGUUUGGAAUGGACCUACCAGGCUGGUUGCAUCAUUUCACAGUCCGAAUAAUUGCCAUUGUGCCAGCCCUGUAUUGUGUCUGGAAUUCUGGGGCUGAGGGCCUUUAUCAGCUGCUAAUAUAUACACAGGUUGCGGUUGCUCUUGUUCUCCCAUCUUCUGUUAUUCCUCUUUUCAGAGUCGCCUCAUCCAGAUCAGUAAUGGGCAACCACAAGAUUUCUCACAUGCUGGAGCUCUUAGCUCUUGGCACAUUUUUUUCCAUGCUUGGACUAAAAAUCAUAUUCGUCACAGAGAUGAUAUUUGGAAACAGUGAUUGGGUGCACAAUUUGAAGUGGAACAUUGGGAGUAGCAUAUCAGCUCCAUAUGUUUUCCUUCUCAUUGCUGCUUUUGGCUCUCUUUGUUUAAUGCUGUGGUUAGCAGCAACUCCCCUGAAAUCUGCUAGCUCUAGAUUCGAUCCCCAGGCAUUAUUGCAAUGGGACAGUCAUCACCCCAUGCAUGACACGUCUAUAUUGGGCCUAGAACUUGAUGAACCCAAGGUAUCAAUGUCUAAUUUAGUAAUUCCCACACAUGUUCAGGAGCCAGCAUUAGAAUUUGAGAACUCCUUUGGAAGCAAUGGUUUGGAUUUACCGAGUUCAAAGCUUCUUGAUUCAAACCUACCCGAAUCUUUAUUGGAUUUUGAAAGAGGUCCUCAGCUGACAACCAUUGAUGAGGAUGAGAAUAAAUCUGAAGUAACAUUUUCAAGUGACUCUAUCUGUCACCCCCCACAGGUUUUUGAUGAUGGAGAUUCAAUUACCGAACAAUCAUCAGACACUCUUCCUGGUGAACUUUUGGAUGUUGUAGAGGAGACACAGAAAAAUGUAUCAUCUUUUCCGAAGGGCAACACCGACAAGGUUUAUGAAAAAGAUUCUUGGGAGCCUGAAGCAGCAACACCGAAAGAGAUGUUUGUGAAUGAGAAUCAAAUUUCUACUCUUGACAGCCCGGGAUCAUUGAAGAAUAUCAGUGGAAUGACUGAUGAUUUAGGGAGUGGAACUGGAAGUUUAUCAAGAUUAGCAGGACUUGGUCGUGCGGCAAGACGUCAGUUAACAACGAUUCUUGAUGAGUUUUGGGGGCAGCUAUUUGAUUUUCACGGGCAGGUGAUACCUGAAGCAAAAUCAAAUAAAGUGGAUGUAUUGUUGGGUGUUGUUGAUUCAAAGAUAGAUUCAAAACCUCCUUCAGGAUCACUGAAACUGGAGACUAUUCGGAAGGACAUUAAUGCAAAUUUAUCCGAUUCAUUGAUGAAUUCGGAUAUAUACUCUCCCAAACAAAUGAGUAGGGAAUUACCCUAUGGAGCUAAGGAGCCAUCUUCUUUGCGGCUUAGUCACAUGAAAUUGUUAGAUGCAUACAACGCACAGAACUCAACCCAUAAUAAUAACAAUAAUUCUCUGGAGGCUAGUGAGAGGCGAUAUUCCAGUAUGCGCAUUCCAGCUUCGUCUGCAAGCUAUGACCCACAGCCUGCCACAGUUCAUGGAUAUGAAUUGUCGUCAUACCUUAGCCAAAUCUCCAAAGAAAGGUAUGCUGAUUACUUGAAUGGUCAUAUGGACUCUUCACCAAUUCCAAAAUCGAACUAUGUGGAUCCAUAUGCUUCUGGCGGUGUUUACAGGCAAAAACCACAGAACAUCUCAAGUACUAGGGGACCUCCUGGUUUCACAAAUGUCUCUGCAUCCAGAAACAAUUCAUUGGGGCAAUCAGGGAAUUUUUUAAACGAUCUCUACUCCCUUACUGGCAAUGGUCAGAGUGCAGCAAACACAACUCCAAAGAAAUAUUAUAGCUUGCCAGACAUAUCAGGGCUCUAUGUACCCAAUCGCAGCUCUUCACAGUCACACAGGUUGGAUACUCCAGUAGGAUACGGCCAUUCAUUAUAUGGCCAAGCCUACUCGCGCACUUCACAGACGGCAUGUCGCCCUCCAGGAUUCGACCAGCUUUCUCCUUCCAAAGUGUGUAGAGAUGCAUUUUCGUUGCAAAUCAGUUCGAAACCUGGGAACUGUGGUGUGUCCCUCUGGUCAACGCAACCCUUUGAGCAAUUUGGUGUCGAUAAGAGUGGUAGUUUCGGCACUGAUGGUCUGGGAGCUAUGCAGAAUUCAUCUACACAAGAAACAUCAUCCGUACUGAAUUCUGAGGCAAAGCUACUUCAGUCCUUCAGGAGUUGUAUGUUGAAGCUUCUGAAGCUUGAAGGUUCUGAUUGGCUGUUUAAACAAGAUGAUGGAGCCGAUGAGGAUCUCAUAUCUCAUGUUUCUGCGAGGGAAAGGUUUUUAUACGAAGCUGAAACUAGGGAGGUGGGGGGUAGGCUGUCUUACGGCGGUGGUGGUGGGGAAACUCAACCUAUUAACACCAAAACUGGCUCUGCAGAUUCAGCCAAGUUCUUGGUGAUGUCAGUUCCUCAUUGUGGAGAAGGAUGUGUUUGGAAAAUGGAUCUGAUUGUAAGCUUUGGAAUUUGGUGCAUUCACAGGAUUCUUGAGCUUUCACUUAUGGAAAGCCGGCCAGAGCUUUGGGGUAAAUACACGUAUGUACUCAAUCGUCUCCAGGGAAUAAUUGAUUUGGCAUUCUUCAAGCCCCAUUCACCCAUGACUCCCUGCUUUUGUCUUCAAAUUCCGGUUGGCCACCAACAGCGGCAUUCAAACGGGAGUUUGGCACUGCCUGCAAAACAGAGCCGUGGAAAAUGCACGACAGCGCCAAUGCUCUUAGAGUUGAUAAAAGAUAUUGAAAUUUCCAUCUCUAGUCGAAAGGGUAGAACCGGUACUGCAGCUGGUGACGUGGCAUUCCCUAAAGGGAAAGAGAAUCUGGCUUCAGUUCUGAAGCGCUACAAGCGCAGGUUAUCAAACAAGGUUGUAUCAUCUCAGGACGGGCCCCGGAAAGCCCCAUAGUAGCACCAUUUUCUCACACUUUACACAUCAGCAGCUCAGCACCACAAGAGGAAAACCAAUGUAUUCUCUCCUAUUUUCCAUUCUCCGUUCUUCAUUUUCUCAGACUUUGCUUGGCCCAGUUGCUAUGAACUCCCUCCCCCACCCCACCCCCUCCCACAUUCUUUUUUGUCAACUUUUUCUCUCCCUUUUGUACGUUAAUCUUAUAUGCUCCCCAGAUCCCCCUCCCGCACGCACACAAACACCAAAAGAGAAAAAGUUCUCUUUGAGUUUGUGUUGCUGCAAAGUACUGUUAUUCCGACAAGGGAAAGGGGGUGGAAAAGUGAUGUUCAUAUCAGAGCUGCUGGUAAUGCGAAAUCUUUACGCACUGGGCAGUCUAUCAAUCAAAUAUGAAAUAUCAUAUGGCAUAUAGAAGGUUGAGCAUCGACUAAAGUUACAUAUAUACCCUCUUGACUCUGCUUUUUAACUUGUCCCCUCUCUCAUUCUCAUUCUUCCUACCCAUGCUCUCAUCCUCUGUCGAAACAAGAACGAGUUCAAAUGGGUGGCCAUCUCUGUUUAUUCGAGCAAGGAGUGAGCAAGUGUAGUAUUAUUUUCUUGAAAGAGGAAGGGAAGAAGAUGGGCACUGUGUGGUGGUGGGGUGGUUGGAUAGGUAGUCUCUUGUGCUUUUGGAUGGAUUGUUUUUUGUAUAUGCUAAAGCUGUAUAGUAUGAUUGCGAGGUGGCUUAUAAAAAAACUCCUAUUUUUAUAUAAUUUUUAAUACAUUUGCUCAUUUCCAUUCAAAAAGAAAAAGUUUCUUUUUGG